AUGUUUAGAGCACAGACUUCAAUUUGGGCAAAAUUUCUGAAAGGAAAAUACUGUAGAGAUCAGCAUCCUUCUCUUGUGACCAACAGAUUGGAGGACUCUAGAACUUGGAAGAGUAUGUUGAAGAAGAGAACAAAGGCUGAACAGCUUUUCAUUUGGGAGAUUGGGGAAGGCAGAAAGAAUGUGUGGCUUGAUAACUGGACUGGAGAAGGCUUAAUCUCUCCUCCAACUGAUUCUCAUUUCAACUCAACAACACAGAAGUCUGACCUUUGGUCUGCUAAUGGUUGGAACCAGCAAGCUCUUCAGAAUAUCCUUGACAAUAGAUUAAUUAACACUAUAAUGAAAAAACCCUUUGAUAGAUAUAGGAAGGACAAACUUAUUGUUAAGAAGAAGGUUUCCCAGACAUUUUUAGCUUUCAUUGCUAAUUUAUGCUUUCCUGAAUCGGAGAUAUCUUGGACUAAAUGUGUGUGGAACAAGUAUCUUUCUCCUUCCAUGGCCUUUCUCUCUUGGAAGCUUUUAUAUGGCUUCAUCCCCACUGAUGAUAUUUUAAAGUUAAAAGGUUUGAGAGGCCCUUCAAGAUGCUGUCUGUGUAAAUGUGAGGAGGAAUCCCUCCCCCACUUAUUCUUUAAAUGCUAUCAGGCUUAA